AUGUGUGGUAUCAUCGCUCUGAUCCAGGCGAACCCGUCGUCUUCCGCCGCCGUCGACCUUCACGAGGCACUGUACCUUCUGCAGCACCGAGGUCAAGAUGCCGCUGGUAUUGCCACCUGCGCUGCGGGUGGUCGCAUCUACCAAUUGAAGUCGAACGGAAUGGCAGCUCGGGUUUUCCAGGACGGUGCUCGGGUGGCAGAUCUUCCGGGCUCCAUGGGUAUUGGUCAUCUGCGUUACCCCACGGCCGGAAGCAGUGCCAAUGCGGAGGCUCAGCCGUUCUACGUGAACAGUCCGUACGGUAUCUGCUUGGCCCACAACGGUAACUUGAUCAAUGCCCCCGAGCUGAAGAGGUACUUGGACCUCGAGGCUCAUCGGCACAUCAACACGGACAGCGACAGUGAACUGAUGCUGAACAUCUUCGCUGAUGAGCUGAGCGAGACCAAGAAGGCUCGUGUCAACAAGGAAGAUCUGUUCGCUAGUCUGACCCGGAUGUAUGAGCGCUGUGAGGGUGGUUGGGCCUGUGCCGCCAUGUUGGCAGGAUUUGGUCUCAUGGGUUUCCGUGAUUCGUACGGUAUCCGUCCUCUCGUCCUCGGGUCCAGGCCCUCGGCCGAUGGCCCCGGUAUGGACUACAUGAUGGCUUCCGAGUCGGUUGCUUUGCACCAGCUUGGUUUCACCAACAUGCGGGAUAUCCAGCCCGGUGAGGCCGUCAUCAUCGAGAAGGGUGGUGAGCCGGUCUUCCGCCAGGUGGCUCCGAAGAAGGCUUACGCCCCGGAUAUCUUCGAAUAUGUCUACUUUGCUCGUCCCGACUCGGUCAUCGAUGGUAUCAGCGUGUACCGUAGUCGGCAGCGGAUGGGUGACCGUCUCGCCGCCCGAGUGCUCAGUGUUCUUGGACCGGAGGUGGUCAAGAACAUUGACGUCGUCAUCCCUAUCCCCGAAACGUCGACCACGUCGGCCGCUGCCGUCGCCCGGUAUCUGGACAAGCCUUACUGCCAGGGCUUCGUCAAGAACCGCUACGUCUUCCGGACCUUCAUCAUGCCGGAGCAGAAGACGCGGCAGAAGGGGGUUCGUCGCAAGCUGAAUGCUAUGCAGGCCGAGUUCAAGGACCGAAAUGUCCUCUUGGUCGAUGAUAGUAUCGUGCGAGGAACGACCAGUCGAGAAAUCGUCACGAUGGCUAGAGAAGCCGGCGCCAAGAACGUCUACUUUGCUAGUUGCGCGCCCGAGAUUACGCAUGCUCACAUUUACGGAAUCGAUCUGGCUUCGCCGAGCGAACUCGUUGCCUUCAACCGUGACACCGACUCCAUCGCCAAGCACAUCGGAGCCGACAGCGUCAUCUACCAGACCCUGGAGGACCUAAAGGGUGCCUGUGCCGAGAUUGCUCACGAGAAUGGCUUGGAAGAGCCGCGUGACUUCGAGGUCGGUGUCUUCUGUGGCAACUACAUCACUCCUGUCUCUGAAGGCUACUUCGAUCACCUGGAAGAAAUCCGGGGCGAGGGUCGCAAGAUCAAGGCCCUGGACCGAGCCAAGGAAGCCGUCACGCAUGGAUUCGCCAGCGAGAAGGACUUUCAGAUCGCCGCCAACGGGGUCAAGCUAGACGGCAAGGGUAACAUCAUCCCGGCCGACUCCCCUGGCGAGUCCGAGGUGCCGCAGGUCAGUAUCUGCACCGCUCGCCGGGACACGCCGAAGGAGGAGCCCCCUAAAGUAUUUACCAUGGAGCGUCGCAUCACUCGCUCAGCUGCACGUCAAGCGGCAUUGCCUGCUACAAAGGAUACCCCCAAACCAGCCGAUCAAACCACAGGCAAUGUCACCUCAGGGGUUCCUUCAAAAACCCAGAACACCGUGGAGAAGAACCGUGCAUCUCAGAAAAAAGCCCCCGGCACCAAUCAACCGGCUGCAAAACGCCGCAAGACAAAAGCGGCCGUCCCAAACCCAAACACUACCGUCGACGAGCUUCCCCACAACCUAGGCGCAGCCAUCACAGUAAUACAAGCCGCCAAGGGAAACUCAGAAUCCAGCUCCGGCAAAGAAAACGCACCUUUAAAGACCGAAUCUAGCAAAGCCAAAGUCAAAGCAGAGAUCCAGGACACCGUCGACAAAGCCACAGUUACACUGGCCGACUCGCCUGAGAAACCGAAACCGAGGAGACCCAAGAACCUGUACGGCCUCACGCCCGGCGUCAGCCCGUUCCCUGACUGGGUUCACCCCACCCCUGAAGAAUGCGAAGAGGUCAAUGGGCUUCUGUCCAGUGUGCAUGGGGAAAUCGUCGCCCCGAAGACGAUCCCGGAGCCGUCGCUCACCGUGACGGGCUGCGGCGAGGUCCCCUCGGUCCUGGAUGCGUUGAUCCGCACGCUUCUCAGCGGCGCCACGACGGGGAACAACUCAGCCAGGGCGUUCAGCGGGUUGGUGCAGAAGUUCGGGAUCCUCGACGAGGGUAUCGGCAAGGGGAGCGUGAAUUGGGACGCGGUGCGGCAGGCAUCGCUGAAGGAUGUGUUCGAUGCGAUCAAGAGCGGCGGAUUGGCCGAUGUCAAGAGUAAGAAUCUCAAGGCCAUCCUGGACAUGGUGCAUCAGGAGAACCAGGAGCGCAGGGACGUCCUCGUCAAAGGGGAGGCAGACGGGCCGUCGGAUCUGCUGAACAAAGGCGAGGGCGACAAGCAGUAUGAGAUCGCAUGUGCGGAUCAGAACGUCCUCUCCCUGAAUCACCUGCACAACCUGAGCACGGAGCAGGCCAUGGUCGAGAUGGUGAAAUACCCCGGCAUCGGGCCCAAGACCGCAGCCUGUGUGCUUCUCUUCUGUCUACAGCGCCCGUGCUUCGCCGUUGAUACCCAUAUCUUCCGCAUCUGCAAGUGGCUCAAUUGGGUGCCUCCCGCCAAGGCGUCGGAGGUGACGGCAUUCAGUCACUUGGAGGUGCGGAUCCCGGAUCAUCUCAAGUAUUCGCUCCAUCAGCUCUUCAUUCGUCAUGGGAAAACCUGUCCGCGAUGCCGCGCAAUCACCGGGCAGUCGUCGGCUGGAUGGGAGGACGGAUGUGUGAUUGACCAUCUUAAAAAGCCUGGCCGCAAGGCUCGCUCGGCGAAGGAUGAAUCUGAAUCCGAUUCCGAUUCCGAUUCAGAAUCAGAUUUGAGUGAUGAUGUGGAAUCGUGA